UUUUGUCUCACUUUUAGUUGAAGUGUUUGAGGUUAAUAUUGUUUGUUAAUUCACUUAGGUAAUCAGGCUUAAAUCAUUAACGUUAUUAUUUCAGUUAAAGUAUCCCACCUUUUGAUCAGUUGAUUGCGACUGUAAUUACUGUGCAACAAUUAAAAGUAUUGGAUUUUGUAUUCUCUGUGUUUUUGUUAAUUCUCUUGUUCCAAUUUCUCUGUUUGUGUCUCUCUUUCUCUUCUCAUAUUAAAAAGGUAACAAUGGUUGACUACUACAAGGUACUUGAAGUCCAUAGAACUGCUACUGCAGUUGAGAUUAAAAAGGCGUAUCGGAGACUUGCUCUGAAAUGGCAUCCAGAUAAGAAUCCAGAGAAAAAGGAAGAAGCUAAAAGAAGAUUUCAGGAAAUUUCUGAAGCAUACGAAGUAUUGUCUGAUGACAAAAAGAAACAAUUGUAUGAUACAUAUGGAAAAGAUGGUUUAUCCAAUGGCGGUAGUCGUCACACUAAACAUGACUUCUCAACUUUCAACAGUCCAUUUAUCUUCCGUGAUCCUGAAUCAGUAUUCAGAGAAUUCUUUGGUUCAGAUCCAUUUUCCUCCUUCUUUGGUGGCGGUGGUAUGAAUGGUUCUCAUGGAAGAUCCAAUGGUCAUGCCAAUUCUGUUAACAAUCAUCAUUCAGAUCCAUUCUUUGAUCCUCUCAGAACAUUCGAUAUUUUCAAUGCUGGAUUUGAUUCCUCAUUUGGUCCAUUCGCUAAUUCCAGUUCCCAUAACUUGGCCGGUAAAACAGGAGUCAAAAGGACUCAAACCUCAACCCGUUUUGUAAACGGUAGAAAGAUAGAAACUAAAAAAGUAAUUGAGAACGGAGUCGAAACUGUUACUGUGAUAGAGGACGGUAUGCUCAAAUCUCGCACUGUCAAUGGUGAACCUCAAGCUGUAAAAUAUCAAUCAUAGAAAGGAGUAUAAAAAAAUUCCCGAAUUAUAAUUCAUUUAUUAAAUUCAUCGUACGAUCAUCACCAACUCCAUCAUAAUCAAUAUCAUCAUCGUCAUCAUCAUCAGCAUGAUCAUCAUCUAACAUAAUCAACUUAAAUCAUAAGUAUCAAAAAACACAACAACAAAAAACCAACACCACCACAAUAAUAACAUCGACAGCUACCAAUCGUACCUACGCAUCUACAACCAACACUCCAACCAACACACAUAUUAAGAGAUGAGAUGCAAGAAAAAAAAACAAAGAAUCAAAGACAUUCAAUGUUCUUGGAAGAACGAAAAUCUAUACCUGCCAAUCCCUCUCCUCCUCCUCUUUUCUUCUUUAUCCUCUUCUCAUUUUCUUAUUUCAUCUCUCUCAAAAUCUAUCCUCUUCAUCUUCUUCACUUGAUUGUCAAUCUUAAAAUUAAAAUUAGAGUUACUUAUUCUCUCUCUCUCUUUCUCUCUAUCUCACUAACUUGUAUUAAUAUGUUAGCUGUUGUUGUACCUUCACAAUUUUUUGUUUACAUUAACAAGAAAACCAUGUUACAACCACAAGUACAAUUUAAUUUUAUGUAUUUACUUAAACAUGAUUAAUUAACCAUGACACAGGAUAAAAAAAAGAGAGAGAGAAAAAGAUAUCAAACAGGAUAACAACAUAAUCCCCAAAUAACCAGUUAAUUUUUAAUCCAGUGACAUCAUUGAUUAUCCAUAAUGAUAAUUAUAAUCAACUGAACGACUUAUACACCAAGAUGAGAUUAUUAAGGAACCAGGAAAGAAGAGCAACCAGAUUAAAGAUAAUCACAAUCAGAGUAACAAUUAACGAUACCACACAUAAUCAUCUUGAAUGACCUUGAUGAUAAAGGACCCAAUCCAAUCUCACCCACACCAAUGAUGCUGAUAUUUAAUGGUAGAGACACACAAUUAUAAUUGUGUUACAACUCAAACAUAAUCAUUUCUGAACAUCAACAAAAAAAAAUCCAUUGUAAUUGUUUAAAAUUUUUAAUAGUGAUGUAAAAAAAUUACUCCAACUGUAGACAUUUGUACAGUUGGGCUUACAAUAUACACUGUAAUUUACUUAAUCAUUUUCUAGGGUUAUUCAACUUUACCCAAAUGAUUAAGUGAAAAUAGGAAGAGGAAGAAAAGGAAUCAGAAUGAAUUGCAAACUUAUAUAUUAGAUUAUUGUAGAUGAAGAUGAUUAUUAUCUUCCUCUUCAUGAUCAACAUCAUGAACAUCAUGAAACAAACUUAUAACCUAACUUAGUUUAAUAUACUAAAUUGUAAUUAUGAUUGACAUUGGGCAAAAAAAUCAACCAAGUGAAUUGUUUUCAAUCAUAUUUUGUUUUUUUUUGUUUUCAUCUGAUUUUCAUAUUCAUUAGAAUUAUCCUCUUACCAGUCAACUAAUUAACUCAAAUUGAUUGGCCAUCAAUCAUUUAACCUUUUUUUUUACCAAGGCCUCAAAUCUUAUAAAUAAUAAUUUAAAUUGUUCACAACAAAUCAA